AUGCUUGAAACGGCGGCUGACAUGUUUAGAAAAAUAUCACGGAGUGUGGGGAUAGAAUGGGCUCCUCUCAACGUGCCCAUGUCGCGGCGUCUACAGACCCUGGCCGCAACCGCCUGGGUGUGCUUGGCGCUGUUCGGGCAAGGCACGCUGCUGUACCUCUUCCUCACAUUGCUGUACUCUGAUUACUGGUGGCUUGGAAUACUGUACGCUGCUUGGAUGCUAAACGACAUUGACGUAUGCCACAAGGGUGGUCGAACAAUACAGUGGGUCAGAAAUUGGGGCUGGUGGAACUAUUUCCGCGAUUACUUCCCUAUCAAAUUAGUCAAGACAGCAGAUUUGGAACCAUCCAAGAACUACCUCUUCGCUUGCUACCCUCACGGAGUGUUGUCGUCGGGAGCGUAUUGUUCAUUUGCCACGAACGCUCUAAACUUCCACAAGUUAUUCCCGGGCUUGACGCCUCAUUUGAUAGUGCUCGGGGGACAUUUCCUGUUCCCGUUCUUCAGGGAUUUAAUUCUUUCCUUAGGAACCUGUGCAUCGUCACAGGAGAGCUUGCUUUACCUACUGAACCCGAAGAGGUUUCAAGGGAAUUGUGUGGCUAUAAUGGUAGGAGGAGCCGCUGAGGCGCUUGACUCGCAUCCUGGAAAGUACAAAAUCAUUCUCAGCCGACGAAAGGGAUUUAUUCGCAUCGCUAUGAAGUCAGGAGCGUCCCUUGUACCCGUUUUUUCGUUUGGUGAAACUGACGUUUUCCGACCUCUCAAUAACCCCGAGAACAGCCUGCUGAGGAGGAUACAAGAAAAAGUGCGUCAGAUAACUGGAGUUUCACCAGUCUUCCCUCUUGGGAGGGGCAUGUUCCAGUAUUCGUUCGGGGUUGUACCUCUCAGGAGUCCCGUUACAACUGUUGUGGGUGCUCCGAUGGAGGUGACGAGGAACCUGGAGCCCACAGACGAGGAAGUGGAUGAGGUCCACGCGGAGUUCACGAAGCGACUCGUCCAGCUCUUCGAGAACGAGAAGUCCAAGUACUUGAAGAAUCACGAGGAAGUGCAGCUUGUCAUCACCUAG